AGUUGUAGCAUGUGUAAAUCAAAUGCCGGCUAUACAGAUGUUGAACGAGUCUUGCGGUCGUGUUCUUCUGAAGAAGAAGUUCGUGCGGCACUUCGACGAGUCGACCCCCAACUUGAACUGAUUGACUGUCAGAAAUCAGGGGACUUAGCAGAUAUUCUGGCCGCACGGCCGAAUGCAUGCACGAUCUCUCCGAGUCGAUCAGCUGUAAUUCUCCUGCGGAGAUAUUUGAGUGAGGAUGCAGUCGAGCGGAUAACUUCCGAGAUUCUGCAACACUGCAUCAGCAGCCCGCAUAGCACCAGCUUGGAUCCUAUCACGACCCCAGAGGAGCGAUCCGAUAUGUUUGAGGAGUAUCAGCAGAUGUGCGGGAGCAAUAGGACGGAGUUGAAUACUUGUUUGUUGCGGAAGCUGCGAUGGUCUUCGCUUGGAGUCCACUACGACUGGACGCGGCGGUCGUAUCGAGGGACUUCAUCAUCUGACAUGCCUCAAUGGGUUUGCGAUAUCUAUCAUAACGCACUAAAGGCUGCAGAUGAUAUUUGUGGGAGUCGACUCGCAGAAGACGGUUAUCAGGCAGAGGCAGCUCUGGUGAACUUCUUUCACAGUCAUCGAUCAAGCGAUCGUUUGGGAGGCCACAAGGAUGAUGUUGAAGCACGUGAUCAUUCACCAUUGGUUAUACUCGCUCUUGGAUUGCCAUGUACCUUCCUCCUGGGUGGGGACAGCAGAGUCGAUGUCACUCCGGCACCGAUUCUGUUCAGCUCCGGAGAUGUCUUAGUACUCUCAAGAGAGGCCAGGCAGUGGUUCCACGGGGUUCCCACCGUACUGAAAAACUCAGUCGAUCGCCCGCACCAUGCCGAUGGCAGCGUUGAGGACUUCCUCAAAAGAACCAGACUAAGUGUCAGCAUCCGAGAAGUCUCUGGUGAUGAAGGCUCGGAAGUUGAGGAGUUCACCAAAAGAGCAAGACGCCAGGAUACCGAGUCUGAUACCUCUGUAGAGAUUGUUGACUGUCGAUGAACCAUCACAGCAACUUUACGUCAAUGAUCUGUUUCGUUUUGUAUU